AUGGAUAACUUUUUGGGAUCAUCUUUGGAAAAGACCAAAGGCAUUUCGCCUAGAUCAGGGUCAUCCAGCAGCAACUACCCGUCCGUUGCAGGCAAUACACAAUCCCCGGCAUACCUCUCUUCUUCGGAUGCAUUUUUUAUUCCUUUAGAGUUAAGCUCCAUGACAAUGGAAAGACUCAUACCAAUUCUCGAUGAGUUCAACUUAUGUGAAAAGACUCUCUUGCAUUUGAAAGAUGCAUCAUCUAGCAAAUCUGUGGCAUGUAGCCGGAUGUCACAUAACGUAGAUGUCAAGAAAGUGUGGGAUUCUCCCGGAACUGCAUUCAAACUCUUGGAGGUAUUAAUAUCAGUAUACAAGAAGUUGGACCCAUUGCAGAUUACCAACCACGAAUUUGGUCGAAUUUGUGGCGUUCUUGCCUUGUUUCAGAUGAUGGCUUCUCAUCCAGAAGUGAAAAUGGGACUCAUUAGAGCUAACAUACCAUAUUAUUUAUACCCAUUUCUUCAAGCAAAAGCUGAUGACAAAGCGCUUGCUCAGAUAAGGCUCAGUAGCUUGGCUGUCCUCUGCGCCUUUGUAAUGUGUGAAGAUCCUGUGCAAGCCCAAAGUGUUGUUCACUUUCUGCUUGAAUCCGAAGCAUUUCCAUUGUGCCUGAGCUGGAUGGAUAAGGGAACUGGACGUACCCAGGAGCUUGCAACCCUUAUAGUUGCAAAAAUUUUGAUGCAAGAGAAGGGGCUCCAUUAUUGCUCUUCACGUGCUGACCGGCUUUUUGUGACGCUUCAAGUUUUGACUGGCAUGGUGGAUCAGCUUGCUAGAAGUCCAAGUGCAAGCAUGUUGCACAAGGUUGUUUACUGUCUCGUUAGAUUGUCUGCAGCAGCAAGAUCAGACGAGUAA